ACGCGACGAAUUUGGAGGCUAUGCCGUUAGGUUUGUUGUUUUGUAACGAGCUAGCACACUGGUCUGGUGCUUGUGGCAGAGAAACAAUAGUACUGUAGGUAGACGGUACAAGCGUAUAGGAUGAAUGUUUUUCAUUAACUGCCGUUAUAAGCGCAUUAAAUUGCAGAUGCUGGGGGAUUUUUAUCAUGCAUAAUCUAUUCAUAAACAGUCGUCAAACGAAAGCGUCUCAGCACUCCUCAGGAAUUCAUUCUUUCACUGAUGUUCUUAGUUGUUCUCUGAGAACCAGUCUACUAAAGAGUGUGCGUGUAUUGGUUUGACCCCUGAUGAAGGUGUUUAGGUAAUACUGUAAGAGCCCCGUAAGACGCCAUGUCUGAAGAGGCCUUUUCAAAGAGCGACCUGGAAACCAGCUUUAACAGUGAUGAGGAAAACGAUGAGGAGGAGGACAAUGGUGAUGUGGAGGAGGAGGAGGACGACGAGGACGAGAACUGUGGAGAUGAUGAGGAUGAUGAAGAUCCACCUGACGGUGCUCAGAGCUGGCAUGAAAAAGCUCAAGAAAGCCGGGACUCCACUUCAUCUACCUCUGGGGAGCCUUGCUCUGAGCCCUCGUCUGGCCCCGCAUCCCAGCCAUCCUCCAGAGCCCCCUCCAGGCCGGCCUCUCGGUCUCAGCCUCCAGCCAGCCCUGGCAAAUCCAGCCAGAGCAAGUCAGCUCCCAGCAAGUCAAAGAAACCAAAAGCUUCCAAAUUUACCAAAACCCCAAAGCUGUCAAAACGCUCCAAACCUUCCAAGCCUGCCAAGCCAGCACACUUGAGAAAAAAUAUCAGGAAGCUGCUGAAAGAUGACCAGCUGGAGGCAGGAACCAAGGCUGCUCAACAGGAGGAGAUGGAUAGGCUCAAGCGUCUGGAGCAGCAAAGAAAAGACUUUCCUACGCCAGCGCCUGCUUUCCCAGACCAACUAGUGAACACAGCUUCAUUUUUAGGAGAGGUGUCCCAUUUGGUCCCCGCCCUCCUCGGCAAGCAGGAUGUGAUCUGCCUGGACAGCAGCGGGGAUGAAGAUGAACACAUGGACUCUAAACUGCCCAUACUAGAGGCUAUUCGAGAUGAUGUAAUUGAGCUGAGUUCUGGGGACGAGGAUGCCCUGCAGAUAAGCAGUGAGUCGGGGGAUGAGGAUGAAGGUGGCACCGGCGGCACAGAGGAGAGCAGUGGAGCGCACAUCAAUGAUGCUCUCAACUUGCCUGACGCCCAGGGCCGUGUGCUGGUUAAUAUCAACCACCCUGCGGAGGAGAAGGACAUAUUUCUUGCUCCCCAGCUGGCCAGGGCUGUCAAACCUCACCAGGUUGGCGGCAUCAGGUUUCUCUAUGACAAUUUGAUCGAGUCUUUGGAGCGGUACAAGAGCAGCAGUGGCUUUGGUUGCAUCCUUGCUCACAGCAUGGGGCUCGGCAAGACUCUGCAGGUCAUUUCCUUCAUUGACAUCCUGUUGAGGAAUACUGAGGCUCAAACCGUCCUGGCCAUUGUUCCUGUGAACACACUUCAGAACUGGCUGGCGGAGUUUAACCUGUGGCUCCCACCACAGGAAGCACUGUCCCCCGACACCGACCCGGCUUUGCUGACAGGACGUACAUUCAAAGUUCAGAUUCUGAACGAUGAGCACAAAACCACGCUGGCCCGGGCCAAGGUGGUGGAGGACUGGAGCCGAGAUGGAGGCGUGUUGCUGAUGGGGUAUGAGAUGUACCGCCUCCUGUCCAUGAAGAAGAGUUUUGUUGCAGGCAAGAAGAGAAAAUCAAAGAAGCCUGUGGGGCCUGUUAUCAUUGACCUGGAUGAGGAAGACAGACAGCAAGAACUGAUGAAAGGUAUUGAAAAGGCCAUUGUACGACCUGGUCCAGAUGUGGUGAUCUGUGACGAGGGCCACCGCAUUAAGAACUAUCACGCCAGCACCUCACAGGCUCUGAAGAAUAUCCGUUCGCGGCGCAGAGUGGUACUGACGGGUUACCCCUUGCAGAACAACCUCAUUGAAUACUGGUGCAUGGUGGAUUUCGUCAGACCGGACUUUUUAGGCACGCGCCAGGAGUUCAGCAACAUGUUUGAGCGGCCCAUUCUGAACGGGCAGUGUAUGGACAGCACACCCCAAGAUGUCCGCCUGAUGCGUUACCGUAGCCACGUGCUACACAGUCUGCUGGAGGGGUUUGUCCAGAGACGUGGUCAUGAUGUUCUGCAACAUCAGCUUCCCAUCAAGACAGAGCGUGUGAUCUUGGUGCGGCUCUCCCCGAUACAGAAAGCGCUUUACACCGAGUUUAUGAAUCGCUUUAGAGAGGCAGGAAACAAUGGUUGGCUUGGUCUCAACCCUCUUAAGGCCUUCUGUGUCUGUUGCAAGAUCUGGAAUCACCCAGAUGUGCUUUACGAGGCUUUGCAGAAAGAGAAUCAGACCAACGAGCCUGACUUGGACUUGGAUGACAUCACGAGUAGUGCUCGCUGUCCAGGCCCUGGUGCAGGUCUCAAAAGCAAAGGAUCAGACUCGGGCAACAGCAAAGCCAAUAACAUUCCGCCCCUGCUCAAUCCCUCCCAGGAUCGAAGCAAUCAAGUCAUCACGUAUGAAUGGGCAAAGGAAAUCAUGUCAAACUACCGGGUAGGAGUUCUGGAAAACUCUGCCAAAAUGGUACUGCUCUUUCAUUUGAUCGACGAGAGCGUCAGAAGAGGAGACAAGAUGUUGGUCUUCAGCCAAAGCUUAUCCACCCUGACAGUCAUUGAGGACUUCUUAUCAAAGAGACCCAUUCCAUCAGACGUCGCUUCUGCUGACUCUCAGAACCUCAACUGGGUUCGCAACCUCAAUUACUAUCGACUUGAUGGGAGUACAUCUGCAUCAGAAAGAGAGCGACUAAUCAAUCAGUUCAAUGACCCAGAGAACAGCAAAUCAUUGCUUUUCCUGCUUUCUACCAGAGCGGGCUGCCUGGGCGUGAAUCUAAUUGGAGCCAACCGUGUUGUGGUGUUUGAUGCUUCCUGGAACCCAUGUCACGACGCCCAGGCGGUGUGCAGGGUCUACCGCUACGGUCAGAAAAAGCCUUGCUACAUUUACCGCCUGGUUUGUGACUUCAGCCUGGAGAAGAAGAUCUAUGAUAGACAGGUCUCCAAACAGGGCAUGUCUGACCGUGUGGUCGAUGACCUCAACCCGGCACUGAACUUCACUCGUAAGGAAGUGGAGUCGCUGUUGCACUUCGUAGAGGACGAACCUGAAGCAAACAAGAUCGACCUGAGGGCUUUGGCAGACUUUGAGGGAGUCAUAUAUGGAGCCUGUCAGCUUUAUCCACACCUCAUCACGAAGCAACCUUUCCACCACGAGUCUCUAUUAGUGGACCGGAAGGAGACCAAACUGACCAAAGCGGAGAAGAGAGCAGCCAAAAAGAGCUAUGAAGAUGAGAAGCGAGCCUCCGUGCCCUACUCGCGCCCCUCGUAUGCCCCUUAUUAUCCAAGCAGCAACCACACGCUCGCUAACAUAGCAGCAUUCAACCAGCGUGUCUGGCGGCCUAUGGUCCGGCCCGACGACAAGCCGGUGGCGAGUGUCAGGCCCAUCCAGUCAACGCCAAUCCCCAUGAUGCCUCGCCAGGUGGUCAUGGGCGUGGCCGGAUCCAGCUCUCCUGGCAGCUUACCUGUCAAUUUCCUGCAGAAGGCCGGCGUGUACGUCCAGAGGAUCGUCACCACAACUGACAUUGUCAUCCCAGGAGCUAACAGCGCAACAGAUGUCCAAGCUCGAAUCAGUGCUGGAGAGAGCAUCCACGUAAUAAGAGGUUCCAAAGGUACUUACAUAAGGACGAACGACGGAAGGAUUUUUGCAAUUAGGUCUGGAAAAAUCAGUAGACAGGCCGCCGGGGGCUCCACUGUUUCAAGAGAGAGUCAGCAUCUGCUCAGUAAUGGCUGCGCAUCCCCCGUGGAACAGCAGCACUCGCCCAACGGGGAGCAGCAGUCCUCCUCUCCCUUGAGCUCAGAGAUUCUCCGCGAGCUCAGCCGCUACACCGCAUCCGCAAGUGCCGCCGCCGCCGCCAUGAGGAGCAACCUCUCCUCCCCGUCGGCAGAUGGAGGCGGUCGCAUCCCGGAGCUCCGUGCGCCACUCGACGACGACCUCCUGAGCUCGCCUUUAGAGACACAAUGCGCCAAACGCAAGCAUGACGACAGCCAAGGCAGCGCGCAGGCGGGAGCCAAACGGACUUCGGCUCUUCCCCGCACGCCGUCGCAUUUCGGGGGAUUCUCUCUGAGCUCCGGUGGGUUGGCUUUCCCACCCGUGGGUUUGAACUCUUCCUCGCUGCUGGGACACAUGACUCAUCCUCUUCUGAUGGGUGGAAGCGGCGGAUCUUCGUUCCUUCAAGCACCAGGACAAACACUGUCUGACCUACAGACGAUGUUCCCUUCUGCACCAGGCAACGGACAACUCCCUCCACCCUCCUCAUCGGCACUGUCCACCAUCCUCUCCUCACCAUCCACCGCCAUUCCCGUAUCGUCGGCCUCACCGGCCUCAACGACUUCCUCCCUGCCGUCGGGCUCCUUGCCGUCGUACUUGAUGAACCCCAACGUGGCGGGUCUACUGUCAUCGGGCUUCCCUCUCAACUACAGCCAGUCCUUGCUCCCUGAGCCCAGGAUGUUCCCCGCCCCGCUUCUCUCCGGCUCAGCGGGGUUCUCCACGCCAAAUUCUUCAAGUACAUCCAGCUACCUUUCCCAUUUCAGCAACCCGACAUCCAGCCUGCUGGGAGCAGCUCUGACCCAACCGGACAGACACGAGAGCGCAGAGAAUGGGGGCGAUAGUUCUGAUGAUGAUGUCAUAGAGGUGACUGGACACUAGGAAGUCACGUAGGAGCGCGUACAUCACAAACACAUCAACCAUGCCUAACCUGAUAGGGAAGGGAAGUGAUUUCAUUAAUAAUCAUAAUAACAAUAAUAAUGACAUACUGAUCAUCUUGCUGUUGUUAAUGUUCCACCACGCAGGCAUCACCAUCAUAUUGCUUUUUUUAUACAAAGUAUCUCACAAAAGUAAGUACACCCCUCACAUUUCAGCAAACAUCUUAUCAAUUCUAUCUCCUCAAGACUGUAAACUUGGAUAUACCUUAGAGUAGUCAGUGUACAGCUUGUACAGCAGUACCGCCACUGGAGAGGGGGAAAUUAUCCUCAUCUCCCCAGUGCUAGCAGCACUCAUGCACCACCAUGCAUGACUACGUAAAACAAAAUUGUUGUGUUACUCAUUUAUUUUUCCAGCUGUUUAGACAAUAAUGGCUGCAUGUUGAUGGGGGUGUGGAUGGUAGCUGGACUACUCUAAAGAAUAGUUUAGAGUCCAUUGAGAAGAUGCACUGUAAUAAAAAUGGUUUCCGAAAUGUGAGAGGUGUACUCGGUAUUGUGAGCUACUGUAAAUACCUCCUUUCUUUCUUAUAAAUACAUAUUUACAUUGAACAUACAGUGAAGCUGUUAUUGUCAUGAUUAUUAUUUUAUUUGUAACGCAUCUCCUGUCUUCACCUCCAUUCCAGCUGUUUGCAAGUCGAGAAGCACCAGAUUUGCACCAGGUUGCGGGGCAAGGAAUGAUUCCCGGUUGAUUGUUUUAAUAACAAUGGGUGAUAUUUUUCUAUAUGGUGCGUGUCGUUUUAACAUUUGGACACUGGUGCUGUCAGACACAUCAGACCAUCAUUUCCAGUAAGCAGGAUAAUUCACUUAGCGCAGCUACCAUAUAUAUAUAUAUAUAUAUAUAUAUACAGUAUAUUUAAAAAAAAAAUUCUGAUUAACACUAGUGGAAAUUUUGAGGCCAUCUGCUUUUCACUUUCUCUGAAUCCUGAUGAAAAAAAACUGCCUUUCACGUUGGAUUUGCUAUAAAAACGGAGCAACUUUCUGCAGCCUGUAGUGAGUUUCACUGAGAAAUGAAGUCCACCGGCCUGAAAGAAUCUGUGGGAAAAACGACUCGCCGAGUAUUUCAGUCUAGAAAUGUGUAGCGCCCCCUACUGAAAGGAAAUCAUGUAAAUACAGCGGUCCUUGUUUAUAUUGCAAGUCAAUACUGUGCAGUGUGUAGGGAGAUGUUUGCAUUAUAGCAUCUAUGAAGAUACGAAAUGUGGCUGUUUUUGUGACUUUGCGGGGGACUUUAAAUGUCUUUUUUUAUUAUUUCUUAAAGCUGCAAUGAAUGUAACAUGAGUUCUUUCAUAUUUAGCCUUAAAUAACACUUUUGUUUUUAAACUUAACAGAACAACGCAAAAAAAAAAAAAAGCUCAUUGUGGUCAAAGCACACACUUUUCACAUCAGAGCUAACUUUUCCACCACACUCCACCAGUGACUGCAGCCAGGUGGCCUUAGCUGACCUGCGGCGUCCUGUGUUCUGUCAUUGGUGUGUGUGUGUGUGGGUCUCUCGCUGUGCGUCUUAGAUGUAGGGAUGUAUUAGGUUGACACAGUGCUUUUUAGCAAGUAGCCUUUAGACCAGGGGUGUCCAGAGUGUGGCCCAGGGGCCAUUUGCUGCCUGCAGCACAUUCUAAAAAUGUAAUUUAACAAGUAAACCAAAAAAAACCCAGCAAAAAUGAAAAAAUCAGUUGUCACGUAUUUGGCUCCUACAGUGGCCCUUGCUGGUAAAAAGUUUGGACAACUGCUCAGACAAAAAAACACACACACAGAGGAUGGCUUGCGAGUAAACAAGCUAGUGUAGUUUUUGUACAGACUGACCACACAAUUCUGAGUUAUGCUCAAUUUGUUUUUGUUUUUUUGUUUUGGUCUUGGAAUCUUGUAAUGUGACUGAAAGAGUCAUUUACUUGGAUAUCAGUGUUUCCCAUAAAUUUGGUGCUACAUGUUCGCCCUUGCUCAUAAACCAUUAUAAGGUACCUGGUCUGCCAGAGAAUAAGACAAUGGAGCAGGAGGGAUCUGUGAGGGAGUAAUCACAUCCCUCUCCCUCGAAAUAUUUUUUUUUUAAGCGGCUAGUGAGUCUGACAUGAAAGCACUUGUCAAUGAGCAGUGGGUGUUGCCGUGGGGCCCUCCCCAUCUAAAAGCACUCGCAGGCGGCUCUGUCUUGUUUGGUGUAUUCUAAACAUAUUUGUUGUGCUUUUUGCAAAUGCGUCAUAGCCAGCUAUGUAAAUUUGACAAUUCCUGUGCCACAAGUAGAUUGCAGUCCUGUGGGAAACACUGUAUCGUCCCUUUGUAUACAGUAUAUAUCUAUCUGUCCAGAAAAAUUCAUUUUUAUGGAUUAUGGGAUAUUUAAUUUUUUUAAAGACGCUUUUUUAAAAUCUUGAUGGUAGUUUCCCUCAUUUCAGUGUUUUUGUUGUCUGAAAUGUAUUUAUUUAUGUAAUUUUUUGUGUUAUCUUCUGUGUUCUCUUGGUUGGCUGAUCCAGUAUUAAUAAUAAUAUGGACAUCCCACCAGGAUAAAAGCAGAACACGACUGUGUUGUCAAUGUUAUUUUCAAAAUAAAACACCUCAUCUAUUGC